AUGGAGCUCUGGAAGGCCCAGCAACAAGGUGCUGCUCUGAAAGCAGGGGAAGGAGCAUCAAAACUGAAAGCCCCAAAUAUUGUUUCUGGAACUGCCACUGAUUUCCAUAAUGGUCUAUGCAGCUUGGAAGAGAUAAAUAAAACCUUUAUUGCCUUGAUUCCAAAGGUUCAAUCCCCUGAUAGCACGGGCGGAACUAGGUAG